UUGGCUCACGCUGGAGCUCACAAGUUGGUCAGCAUCAGUCUCGUCUGGUUUCUCAACAGCAAGACGCGUGUACUUUUGUUCCUAUCCGCAACAACUUUCCACCUCGUUUAUGAACUCAACAUGACGUUCAGAAGGCUGAAGAAGGUGAACUCCAGCGGACAUGAAGGUGGACCCGCAUCUCAAGACAACGACAUUUAUUUCACCUCGUCAAAGUCCGACAGCUGCAGGACUGUGGACUUACCGACAAACUCCUCGGACGUUUACAACUACAAGACUUUGGCUUACUCUGGGGGGACGCUGCCCAGAAACUUCAAAAAGGGUGCUGGGCUACAGAAGUGGAAACCCCUAACACAGUCACCAGAACCACAAAGAAAGGUGGUGGUCCUGGAGAAAAAGGAAGAGGAGUCAUUUGGAUUUGAGAUCCAGACUUACGGCCUGCACCAUCAAGACCAAAACUCGGUGGAGAUGUGCACGUUCGUGUGUAAGGUACACGAUGACAGCCCGGCCCAGCAAGCAGGACUUAAAGUUGGGGACACCAUCGCAAGUGUGAACGAGGCCACUGUGGAGGGAUUUCGGCACAAGGACAUCGUUCAGCUCAUAAGGGCCUGCGGCAACACACUCAGGCUGGAGACAGUUUACAGUGACUCAAUCCGAAAAGCAGAGCUGGAAGCCCGGCUGCAGUAUCUGAAGCAAACUCUUCAUGAGAAGUGGGAUGAAUAUCGGUCGUUGAUGGUGCAGGAGCAGAGGCUUGUUCACGGCAUAGUAAUGAGUGAUGCUGCAGUGUACGAGUCCCUGGAGUCAGCAGGCGUGUAUGGCAGCCUCGGCACUCCCAGCCCUGUCGCUCAGAGAGCCAUCCGCUGCGCCGGCAGCACCAGCAGCAGCGCCAGCCUUCUCAGCACAGCCACCGAGGACGACCCUCUCUACCAGACCUGCCUGUACCCGGUAGACGGUGGCUUGGAUUCCAUCGACCACACCAGAACAGAGAAAAAGAAAGAGCAGCAGCAGCCGCAGAGGCAGCAACGUCUCCGACCGGCCAGCGAGCUCUUCACGACGGCCAAAACGCAUCUGACCCGCAGCGCAAGCACACGCAGCUACACCAGGGGAUCUUCUUCAUCGUUGCCAUCGUCCACUUCGGGGGAGAAGCAGGGAGGAUUUAACUCCCUGCAGAAGAAGCCCAAACAGAAAAGCUUCCGCAGGCAACUCCUCAAAUUCAUCCCGGGCUUGAACCGACCGCUGGAGGAGGAGGAGAGCAAACUGUGAGCAGCAAACAAAGCUGUUCACCUAAAGUUCACAAGAGAACACACCCAGAGACUUAUAGCACCAGAGACAAACUAAACUGCCAAAGAAAAAAGAGUGACAAGGCUGAGACCAAAGUGUAAUGGCGCUACAGUUGCACCUCCCCAUGUUUGAAUGGGUAGACCAAUGACAAUUUGGCUAAGUUCUGUAGCCCUCAGUGUUUCACAGCUGUACAUAACUUUUGUUUUCAUUUGUUUUGUUCUUUAAGUUAUUUAUUUAUUUUAACAACUGUCAGGUUUUUGUACAGACUGAAGGAUUUUUUUUGUUUGUUUUUACUGCAUGCUCAGACUUUUCUUUUGACCGCUGAAUAAGUGACCCGUCAUCAUUGUGAUAGUGCAAAUACAUUUUAUAUCUACUUCAGAUGAUUCAGAUUUGAUCCUGUGUUAUUUGUUUCCGCCUAAGUCACGGUUCCUAAAAAUAAAAAUACGUGGCAACUUCA